CAGAGAGAGAAAGAAGAAGAAAAAAGGGGGAGGCAGACCUUGGCAUUUACCUCAUAGGGCAUGCGACAGGUAAUUGCAGGUACGUAGAUCGCCAGGUACGUAAAGGUAAUAUUGGUUAGAGGUACAUAACACCCAUACACCCUAGAGAAUGGAAAGGUACCCGAGGCGUGUGUACCUCGUAUAUUAGGUUAGGUACCUGACGUACCCCCCCUGAUAGGGCCAGGUACCUCCUCAGGUACUUGCCGAGGUGGGCUACCCACGUACCUACAUAUAACACCAACCCGUUGCGCAGUGGGCCACUCCCGUCGUCGCUGGACUGGCGGGACGGUUCCCUCCGAUCGCGGCGGCAGAUUGCCGGAGAGAGCGAGUUGCGAACAACCUACCCAGGUAGCGAGGUGGGCUCGAACCCCACCAAGGAAAUUAUUUUGCGAGCAAUUUACAACCGGCGCGCUCGACCCAGAGAACACCGCUUCCCACGCUCCCCAUACCCCCUCAAUUGCACUCCCAGCGAUGGCUUCUCGGGUCCUGCGAAUAGGCCUCAUCCCCGGCGAUGGCAUCGGCCGCGAGGUCAUCCCCGCCGGCCGCCGCAUUCUCGAGGCGCUGCCGGCCUCGCUGGGCCUCAAGUUCGAGUUCGCCGACCUCGACGCCGGCUUCGACACCUUCAAGGCCACCGGCGCCGCCCUGCCGCCCCGCACCGUCUCCGUCCUGCGCGGCGAGUGCGACGGCGCCCUCUUCGGCGCUGUCUCCUCGCCCACCUCCCCCGUCAAAGGGUACUCGUCGCCCAUCGUCGCCCUCCGCAAGCAGCUCGAUCUCUACGCCAACAUCCGCCCCGUCAAAUCCGUCCGCAGCCGCAACCCGUCCUCGUCCGCGGCGUCGGCCGCUACCGCGAACCCCGUCGACAUGGUCAUCGUGCGCGAGAACACCGAGGACCUCUACGUCAAAGAGGAGCGCACCGUAGACCGCCCCGACGUCGAGGGCGGCCGCUACGCCGAGGCCAUCAAGCGCAUCUCGGAGCGGGCGUCGUCGCGCAUCGCCACAAUGGCCGGCGAGAUCGCCCUGCAGCGGCAGAAGAUCCGCGAGUCCGCCGCGCCGUCGUCCCCGGCCAGCAUCCACUCGCGGCCCCUCGUCACCAUCACCCACAAGUCGAACGUGCUAUCGCAGACGGACGGGCUCUUCCGCGCCACGGCGCACGCCGCGCUCGCCGACCCGCGCUUCGCCGGUGUCGCCGUCGAGGAUCAGAUCGUCGACAGCAUGGUGUACAAGCUGUUCCGGCAGCCGCAGGACUACGACGUCAUCGUGGCGCCGAACCUGUACGGCGACAUCCUGUCGGACGGCGCCGCCGCGCUCGUCGGCUCGCUCGGCCUCGUCCCCUCGGCCAACGUCGGCACCGGCGGCAAGGACGGCGGCGACAAGGUCUUCGCCAUCGGCGAGCCCUGCCACGGCAGCGCCCCCGACAUCGCCGGCCGCGGCAUCGCCAACCCGAUCGCCACCCUCCGCAGCGUCGCGCUCAUGCUCUCCUUCCUCGGCGAGGCCGACGCCGCCGCCCGCAUCGACGCCGCCGUCGACGCGAAUCUCGCCGAGGGCGAGCUGCUGUCUCCGGACCUGGGCGGAAAGGCGACGACCGAGGAGGUGGUGCAGGAUAUCCUGAGGAGGUUGUAAGCGGGCGAGAUAUAUCUACCCCGCCAUGGGUCUCGUAGGUGUUAGAUAGGAUGCGACGGUUCAAAA